AUGGACUCAUUGGCAAUUAACGUCUUCGGAACAGCCUUUUCUGUUCUAGUUGAUGCAUAUUUGGCAUCCAUUAUAGCAAGUAAUGUUGGGUCUGGAACUCCUUGGUACAUUGUUGGUGCGAAAUUUCUUGGUGAUGGUUACAUCGAAAUUUUCACCUUCAGCUUUGAUGUUUUAAUCAACUCGCUUUCUCUUGAUUCAUAUAUUACUAAUACUGCCUCUAUAUAUGACCUGAAGGCUAAAAGCCACUCAGCGAUGUUGUUAAAUUUUUGGUAG